AUGCAGCGUAUUCCCCCCUCCAGCAACUCUUCAUACUAUCCGAGGGGUUAUUUCAAUUGCUCGGAGGGCGAGAGCUUCCCUAAUGAUAUGGGACUUUGUGGCGAUCCGGGAAUGUUAUUGUCUUCAAGCAACGGCGGGAUGUAUGACAGAUCCCGAGCUCCAUCCACUCAAGAUAUGUUUUCAUUGGCAUCUUUACCCUCGACAGCAUAUCGGACUAGCACUCCUAGUCGUAUGGCAAAUUAUACCGAGGCCACUUCUUCUCCAUCAAUCGGUCAGAUGGAACUUGGAAAUCAGUUUGAUUCCAUGCCCAACUACCGUGCCCUGGAUCCACCGAGAAUGCCGCUUGGGCUUCCGACAAACCUACCUCACGAUUUUAACGGAAACAUACCCCCAAGUACUUCGCAAAGAGAGCUGGUAAACCUUGCUCAAUGCGAAGACAAUUCGGCGUCAUUUUCACCUACUCGUCGGAGUCCGAGGCUCUAUACCUGUGAGAUUUGCGAAAAAAAGUUUGUCCGGCCCAGCUCAUUGACCACUCAUCGAUUCUCACACACUGGAGAAAAACCGCAUUCUUGCCCAACCUGUGGGAAAUCAUUUUCAGUAGCAUCCAACUUGAGGAGACACGAGAUGACCAUCCAUGGCCCGAGGGUGUCUAAUUCGGGAAGCGUAUCUUAUGAGGGGCUGAACUCGACGACAAGUGGUGGUCUUCAAAGCGCAUCCCUCGUGGGAUCCACAAGUUCUAGUAUCAUAUAUCAACGAGGAUCUGAGACUUACGAAAAUAUUCUUCCAUCGCACGAAAGAUUUUACGAUAUCCAUCGAGGCUCACAGCAGAGGAUGUGA